AUGAUCAGCGCGUUGGGGGCGACUUGUGCCGCCGCAGUGCGGGAGGGGCAGCAUGGAGCCAAGGCGGGGUUUGAAAGCCCAGCUGAACAAGAAGAAGCGGAGCUGACGGCGGAGCUGAACCCGUUGAAUGCUCGUGGGAACCGGAGGGACCUCCCCGCGUCAGAGGAAGACCUGGCGAAGGCGAGACUAGAAGAAGCGCGCAAAAGCGGAAACAGCGUGCAGAUAGCGUAUGCAGAAAUUGAUGUUGCAGAGGCUAAGCUGAAGGCGGCGAAUGAGGCUGGGAACCAGAGGGUGAUAGCAGCGGCGGAGGUAAAGCUGGCGGAGGCGAAGCAGAACCGGGGGGUAGAGGUCGCGAAGGCGAAGCUUGCAGCAGCGAACAAGGCUGGGGACGUGAUGUUGAUAGCGGAGGCGGAGGUCGAGCUGGCUGAGGCGAAGCAGGAGGGGGGAGUAAAGGUCGCGGAGGCGAAGAAGACAGCGGGAGUAGAGGUCGCGAAGGCGAAGCUUGCAGCAGCGAACAAGGCUGGGGACGUGAUGUUGAUAGCGGAGGCGGAGGUCGAGCUGGCUGAGGCGAAGCAGGAGGGGGGAGUAAAGGUCGCGGAGGCGAAGAAGACAGCGGGAGUAGAGGUCGCGAAGGCGAAGCUUGCAGCAGCGAACAAGGCUGGGGACGCAUGGGGGAUCGCGGCGGCGGAGGUCGAGGUUGCGGAGAAGAUGAAGAAUGGGGAGAUAGACCUGGCUGAGGCGAAGAAGAAGGGGGCAGUAGGGGUCGCGAAGGCGAAGCUUGCAGCAGCAAAAAAGGCUGGGGAGGGGAUCGCGGCGGCGGAGGUCGAGGUCGCGGAGGCGAAGCAUGAGGGGGAGGUAGAGGUCGUGGAGGCGAAGCUGAGGGGGGAGGUAGAGGUCGCGAAGGCGAAGCUGCAUCAUGCGCAAACCCAGAAUCAGACCCAUUUGAUAGAUGAUUUGCAGCGCUCGGUGUGCGUCAAUGAAUCCAAGCUUGCAGAGUUUCGUGCAUCUUUGCCUUGGCGGUCGGAUACGGCAGUGUUGGAUGCGAUCUCUCUCAAGUAUAGCUUUGCGCUGGAAGGAGUGGUUGACAGCCUGAAGAAAUACUUAGACCAAGUGCUGGGAUCAAGAACUGGUACAUUCAGCGAAAGGAACCCCAUCGACAAAGUAGUAGCAAACGCGACACAAGAAGCCGGGAUUGUUACUUGUAUGAUCGAGGCAUGCUCGGGGAGCGGGAAGUCGCUGUGUGCUGCAGACUACUUUGUACGAAAUCCAAAGACUUCACUUUAUUGCUUGUUCGGAUACGUCCAGGAACAGGACUUAUAUCUGAAUGUACAAGGCAUCUCGCAUCUUUUGAAUGUAGCCAUCGAUCUCGAUCUCCAGGCGUGUGAUCGCAGGAUCGAUUUCCUUGACCCAACAAAAUGUGAGCAGCAAGUCUUGACGAUCGACGUGCUGGCCCCGAGCUGGAAUGUCCUUGGGGUUCUGGGAUACCUGUUUGGCAAGACGAAAGGUCCAGGAAAGGUGAGCGUGGGGGAAGCAAAGCUGUGGACCCAGAAGGGGGACCUGUGGGUGUUUGUCGAUGAAGCAAUCCCGAGGUAUCAAGGUAUUCCCUGCCGGGCCAACGCCAUAUGGAGGUUGUUGUUCCUCAAGAGGAUUCUUCGUAAUGCAGGCUUUCAUUGUAUCAUGUUGGGUACCAACACUCUGGUGAUGAAUUUCAACAAUGCUUUGCAGCAGACGACAAAUAGCCGAGGGAAGAACCAAGAGACUAUCAAGUGCAUCACCCACCGAGCUCUUCCUCCGAUGAUCCUUCAGUCUGAUGAGCAGCGUGAUAUCCUGAAGCAGGUGUUUGGGGAAGAGAUGAUUGGGGGGCUGCUCGACAAUGUCAACCCAUUGCUUUGCCAUCUAUUCUUCAAGUAUGGGUGUGGUGGACAAGGAAAAGACAGCGCGACCUUGUUUCGAGAUCUAGCGAAUCCAGUGUUGGCCAUGGUACGAGCUGACAAGAAAAAUCUGAAGGACGCAUCGUUGUACUGUAUGUUUCAGAUAGCAACGCACGAAAGCAUGUGUCAGGCGCACAUCUUGCAGGGUUUUGGUCUUCUCAAUGCUUGGCCGAGGAGCCAAGUACCUGCACGCGGCAGCUCUGAGUCAAUCAUUCGACUUCAUCGGAUCGAGGACAAGAUUGAGAUGAAUGGGAUCGAACUGAACGAUUUGACCAGCAAGUUCCCGCCAGGCUGGGUAGAUCCUAUCACUGUCGCGAUCUGUGCUGGCGGUGGGAGGCCUUUCGGAAGAAUCUCGAGCCUUGAGGUGUUGAGGAGAAUUCACCGAGACGCUCUCAAGCCCAUGGAUGAUCCGACAGCAGUGGAUGCGCUGCGGCAAGACGGGAACCUGCUGGAGUCGUUUGGAGCAGUCGUCGUGAUGUUGGCGAGCUGGGCCGAACCCGAGGACAUACUUUCGACCCUCAGCCAUCAUUGCGGAAGGGAAGUGGGAAGCAAAGUGAAGGAAGUGCUUGGUUCCGUGAAGGACGAAACAUCGGCGGAGGAGUUCCGUAAAGUCUUGACUCAGUGCUUCUGUAAUCUGAUCCCCUUACGCGACAGUGAAGGUGAGAUACCUAACCAUCAAGCUUUCGGGUACUACAUUCGAUGUAUGGAUAAGCGGAGACGGGACGGACAGUUUGCGGGCCCCGUCCACGGUCCUGAAGGCCAGAGAAGCAUGAGGGGUGCAGCGGAGUUUAAGAACUGGAGACAGGCAGUUGGUCAAUCGCGGCUGAAGAAGUUUGUGAACAAACUAGCCAUCGGCGGGCACGACCUCCUGUUGUUCAUGGCUCCGGCGCUGGCAGAGUACAAUGCCGAGGAUAUCCUACCGAAACGUGCAGGAUGGCACACUGUGGUGUCAGGCGGAGAGAAGGAGUGCCGAAGACACAGGAUACUGAUACUUAUGGAGGUCGGGCUGGCAACAAAACCUUUUAGUGAACCGUCGAUGCAGCAAGACGAUAUGGGCAACUGA